CCACAUUGUGCCACUGUUUACAUGGCUAAACCGUCCAGAUGCCACACACUCUGGAGCCCGUCUAAAGCCACGGACCCUGCUCUGGUCCUGGGGCCGGCCCCGGGGCCCUCACUGUGGUAUGGCCCACUGGCCGCUGCUGCGGGCGCCAGGCCUGCGUCCAUCCGCGUGCGCCCCGUGGCCUGCUCCUGACCACCGUGGCUUGCCAGGGCCCGGGGCUCCGCUCCCUGCAGGUUCCUGUGCCCGGCAGGCGGGCUCAGAAGCAGAUUCCUGGCACGGUUGUGAGAAGAAAAGAAAGCUCUCUAAAUGCUGGCACGGACGUGGGUUUGCUUUCCAGAUUCAGAGUGGCAGCCCGGCACUGACGACUUGCAUUGUACGCUCUGCUGUGCGUUGGAGCCCUGUCCCAGAUGAAAGACGGCAGUGGAGGGGGUGUUUUCUUUCAUCAGACUGAUUGGACUUGGACAGUUACGGUGUCUUUCUGAAACAACUUUCAGAUUAACCCUUUCUAAACUUUGUAAUGCUAAAGGAAAGGAAGGAAUAAAAAUUCUUAUUUUCCCUCUUUUUUUUUCACCACACCCAUCUGGCUCCUUUCGGGGAUCACUCCUGGUCGGGCUCCUGAGAACUGUGUGUGGUGCUCGGGAUCCAACCCGGGUCAUCUGCGUGCAGGGCACGUGCCUCUCCUGCUGUACCUAUCUGGUCCGGAAAAGCCUGUGACUGUUACUUUAUUUUAAAAAAUCCUUGAUGCUUAUUCAAAUGCGAGUUAUCCAGACUUUUUGUAUCUGCAUUGUCUAAAAGACUUUCAGCUGAACUCUCAUCUCUCAACACUGGCAAAUAUUCAUAAGAUCUAUCACACCCUUAAUAAGCUAAAUCUAACAGAAGACAUUGGCCAAGACGAUCACCAAACAGGAAGCGUGCGGUCUUGCACUUCUUCAGACCGCUUUAGUAAAGUGAUGCCGCCGCGGAAAAAGAGAAGACCUGCCUCUGGAGAUGACCUCUCUGCCAAGAAAAGCAGACAUGAUAGUAUGUAUAGAAAAUAUGAUUCAACGAGAAUUAAGACAGAAGAAGAAGCCUUUUCGAGUAAGAGGUGCUUGGAGUGGUUCUAUGAAUAUGCAGGUACUGAUGAUGUUGUAGGUCCGGAAGGCAUGGAGAAAUUCUGUGAAGACAUCGGUGUGGAACCAGAAAAUGUAGUUAUGCUUGUUCUUGCUUGGAAAUUGGAUGCACAGAACAUGGGUUAUUUUACUCUACAGGAAUGGUUGAAAGGAAUGACUUCGCUACAAUGUGACACAACAGAAAAACUCAGAAAUACUUUGGAAUACUUAAGAUCAUUAUUAAAUGAGUCUACAAACUUUAAACUUAUUUACAGAUAUGCAUUUGACUUUGCACGGGAAAAGGACCAGCGCAGCCUAGACAUAAACACUGCCAAGUGCAUGCUGGGACUGUUAUUAGGAAAAAUCUGGCCCCUUUUUCCAGUUUUUCACCAAUUCUUAGAGCAAUCAAAAUAUAAAGUUAUUAACAAAGACCAGUGGUGCAAUGUGCUAGAAUUUAGCAGAACAAUUAACCUUGACCUCAGCAACUACGACGAAGACGGAGCAUGGCCAGUUUUGUUGGACGAGUUCGUGGAGUGGUAUAAAGACAAACAGAUGUCCUAGGACUUGAUGCAUCACAGCGAGAGAGUUCCUGUUACCACAGUUUUGUCCACCAUUAGCCAUAAAUUGCUGUUUGUAUCAAAGCGCAUGCUGCUUUUCUUGCACUGUCUCCCUUUUGCAGGGACGUGUUGGUGUUUGCUAUUGAAUGGGCCAGCUCUGCCUGCUGUGUAGCAUUGUUCUCUUGGAAGGCUGUUUGCAGGUGUCUUUCCACUACAGAUUGGUGAAUUUGCCAACGUCCUCACUGUGAUUAUGUGUAUAUUGCUGUUUAAAUUUUGUAUAUGUGUAUAAAAGCAAAAGCUUCACCUAGAGAUUAUUUCUGCAAAAAUGUAUUGUAAAAAUAAUUUUGUGGCAUAUUUCUAGUCCCUUUUUUUCAAAUGAACCAAUUCUACUUUAUUUGGUCUCAACUGUAGCAUUUCAGGAAACCAGACAAGAAUGACGGAUACCGUAAGCAAAUGUUGCCAGAAUUCACCAUACUUAAGAGGCCAACUUUUGGAAGGAGGUGGGAGUUGGAACUUUUUGGAGGCAUAUGCCAAAUAUAAUCUGGUUUACUUAAACGGUAGCAUUUUAAAAUGAAAGUUACAAUUAUUUGAACAUAUAAACACAUACCAUGCCACAAAUCCAUCUCCACCAUGCGAGGUAUAGGUUUUUUUUUUUUCCUAAUGUUCAAGCUGUAGUAAUUUGAGUAUAGGUACAAAUAAAUUAAAAUAGCACUUUUUUUUAAAAUGGGGUUUAAAGUCUCAUAAGCUUUCUUUAGUGUCUUUGUUUUGGGGGGUAUUUUUGUUGUUGUUGGUUUUGUUUUGUUUCGGUAUUCCUCUAGUCAGUGUUCGGGCUGCUGACGCUUCCUGUGCCAUCCUGAUGCAGUUGACCGUUGCCUCCUGUAUGAAAACCAAACGGUUUGCUGGCAGCCUGCAAUUGCAGAGCACUUUCAGUCGCGGCUUGAAUCUUUGGUUGAGUGUUCAUGAUGUCUACCUUUCUAGUUUUUGGUUUCCUUGUUUUCUUUCUGUUUUUUUUUCCUUUUUUUUUUUUUUGUCAUGGAAAAAGAGCCUAUAAGUGAGAGGAGAUUUUGUUUUCUUCUUUCUUUUUUUGUUUCUUUCGUGCUAGGCUUUUCCUGGCAGAAUGUCCAUUGCAGGCAGUGGACACGGAACCACCAGCAUUGAGCUAACCCUUACAGGGGAAGGGCCUUUCCUGAAGGCCCGCUCGUCAUUGCCUGAGUAAUUUACACAGAAGGGGGAGAGCCAUUAUUUAUGUGGGUGAGGAAAUAAGAAGAAGCAAGAUGGGUUUGGGGGAGGGGGGAGGGCUUGUAUUUUAUUGUCUCUCUUUUUCUUUUUUUUUUUCCUCGCCCUUGCCUUACCCUUCUUGAGAAAAUGUGUAGAUAGCAUGUUUUUCCCUCAACUAUCUGGUGCUAUUGAAUGACUAAUUUAGUCCCUAAAGUUUUGUGAAAACACAAAAGUCAAAUAUUUUAAACUAAGUCAAAAGCUAAUGGUGCACUUGAACAAGUUGAAUACUAUAUCUAUGUGUGAGCAAGAGCCAUGAUUGGGCAUGCAGUGGUUGGAAGAAGUUUGGAUUAUUUUGAAAUCUGGCCAAAAACAAAUCUGUUGGACUUAAUGUGAACCUUUAAAUGGCAUCAUAUGAGUGAAGCACACAGACAAUGCUACUCUCUCUCUCUUUCUCUCUCUCUCUUCCUCUUCCUCUCUCCACCCCCCCCCGCCAAUCCCCCCCCCCGCAAGCAGUGUUCAGAUUUUCAGAUAUUUUUUUUUCCUAACUGAACCACCAAAGACAGACAUUUUGUAUGUAAUAUACAGUGUGUGUGCAUAUACAAAAAUCAUGAUGUGGUAGAAUCAAAUUAUUUCCUUUUUCUACCAAAUAGAACGGUUUGGUUUGCUGUGAAAUAAAUAAACCAGAAGUUUCAAAAACUCUGUAGUGAUUAAACAUACUUCAUCAUUCCUCGUUUAGGAAUUGUAGACUCACCUUUUACCUUAUAAAUUCCAACCAGUUUGUACAAACGAGUGUCAGAACGGAGACGAUGUUGAUGGCGAAGCAAGCACAGCUCUUGAGACCCGCGUGUCGAGAUGUGAGAUGUACCACUGUGGGGGGGGCGGGGAGUGGGGCACAAAGCAGAGACUGGCCAUCGGCAUUUGGGAUCUGUGGAGAACCAAGCCAGGUUCAUUUCCAGAAAAUAAUCCCAUUAAGUUAAGAAAAAUCACUUGAAAGCAACAGUUCUUGUGUUUUAUCAACUACAGUUUGUUUAGAGCAAACAGAUAAAAUCAUUUUAAAAGUUAUUGUGAGGAAAUGGAGAAUUUUUAAAACACUAAGCACAGUUAAUCCUACAAAUAAAAGCAUUCUUGUGAGGGAGAGUCUACCUUUCAUCUACAACAAGCAUUUCCAUGAUGAAGGGGUGGGAGAGCCCACGUACCUAUCCCAGAGGAUAAUCUUGUGUUAGAAAACUCUAAAUAACGUACUUGAAAAAAUACUGACUCGAAUGCAGACUGCUUAUCCUUCAUCUUCUUGCUUUGAUGCAGUUCCCAGCAAAGGGAGAUAGGAGGGCCGGACAGAGUACCAAGUUCCUUUCUCCAUCUGUCCCUACCUUCCAUAAAAAUCAAGCAAUCAUCAAGCUUAUUUACUGACUAAUGUUAAAUAAAUUAGGGUGCCUUCUUCAACCCUCUUUCUUUUUCCGUUGUGUUUUGAACUCCACAUUGCAAUACUCUGUCGAAAUGGAAUACAGCAUUUAGAUGUUCACUUGCUGCAGUAGGUCAGAAAUUUCAUUAUUUGAUUUGAAAUAAUGACUCACUGUCAUGUCCCAUGCAGCUUUUUGAAGCAUGAAACUCGGAAUUAAGUUGUUAUAAAUCUGACUCAGAUAAACCUCUAGGUUCUGGUUUAACCGUAGAUUUCUGUUGCCUCUCGAUUUCCAUUUUAACAGUGCUUUUGAAGUUUAGACAGAAAGCUUUACCAGUUAGUUUGUGCCCUCGGUUUUUAUUCUUACAACUGCUAAAAUACCUCUGUAAGCCUUAUCUUUUAUUCUUUUCAUAUAUUGUAUAAUAAAUGUAUAGAAUUCAUUGACCAACUAAAAUGUUGGGUGUCUGGAAAUGAGACCAAAACAUGGGUUGCUUUUUUUUUUUCAUAAGAUAAUUUCUCUUGGGGGUUACUGUUCUGAAGAGCAGCUAGCCUGUAACUGUGAAUGCUUUGUGUCGUCAGUAUUUGCAUUACAUUCAUAAACGUGUGCAAGUCCUGUGACUCCCAGCUUAACUGAAAUACUGUUAUGCCACCUAACUUGAGUACAGCAAACUGGUUUUAGUUUUUAAUGGAAUUGUUGUAAACUGAUAACCCAUAAAUAAAAAGUAUUUGUGUUUGGUUUCAGAA